AUGGCGUUUGUUGUUCCGAACCUUAUUGCCCCAUCCGGAUGGCGUGCCCAUCGCCACCCCGCCCCCAAAGUCCGACCAAUCUCCCCAUCAAAGCGACCGCGCCCCUCCAAGCGCCGACGCCCAUGCACGAGAGCAUUGCUCAUCGAUUUCGCACCGUCCGACUUUGAGAUUCGUCGCAUUGUGGGCCAACAAGCCUUCGCCAACAUCACCGAUUGGGAGUACUACGGCGUCAAGGAUCCGCUCGCGCCCACCCGAACCGUCCAGCCGAGCCAACCGGCAAUCCGCCUGUAUGACGCCCGCAUUACGAGCAACUUUCCACGCCUGUCCAACGCCCGUGUCAUGCUCAAGGAGUUUUUGAAAGACGGCGUGGAAUUGGGCGUCAACGAAGCGGAAGCGUAUCAAGCCUUGUACCAAGCGACCGCAGGUAGUGUUGACCCCGAUGUCGUCCCGGUUGCGACGCUGCUUGGCACUUUCAUGACAGAUGAAUCGUUUUCCUCCCCGGACUUUGCGGCGAGCUGGGCGAGACGCUUUCCAAACUCGCCAAACCCUCCAACGGCAGGUGCACCGUUUCUUGUUUUUCGAUGGGAGGGCAUGCAAACUGGGCUCAACUGCGCAGCUGCGAAGGACGCCGGCGCGGACCCUGGUACCUCCCUGCUUGAUAAAUGGUUUCCAUCUAAUUUGAUGCAGCGAAGGUCAAUCUUUCUUCGCGUGUUUAUGAAGAGAACCCUUGAUGCUCUAUACUAUCUGCAUUCCACUGGCGGAAUUGUACAUCGUUCCAUGGGGUUGGCGAGUAUCAUGGUUAACACGGCAGAGUAUCGCCUGGCAUCCAGCCUUCUGGUCAAAAUUCGCGACUUGGGUUUCGCGAAACCUGUCAGCGCACUAGCCGUAGGCGAUGGGUUAGAAAAGGCCAGAAAAGCGGGAGCUGUUACCCCAGGCGAGAUUGCCAGUUUUUACAAUGCCGAUGACAUCUAUGCGCUUGGGUACGCCUUUCUGGAGGUCAUCUUUUCGUCGUACGGUGGAAAGCCGGUCACCCAAGACAGGUUCAAAGUCUUGUUCGAGGAUACCUUUGAAUUAGAUGUUUCCAAUUUCCGUCAGUACUGCGCGGAAGACCCGGAAUGGACAGAGGCCGUUAGUUUGCUAGACAAGGAUGAUGGAGCUGGGUGGGAUUUAUUGAAAACGAUGCUUGGAUCACGGGAAAACUUCAAAAAUAUCUCCGUCGAAAGCCUAAGAAACUCUACAUUCUUCCGACCACGAAACUAAAGAGAUGCUGAUACCAAGCCCUGCGUAAAGGUUGCGUCACCUGCACAUACUUAUCUUAAC